GCGGUCCGUGCCUCGUGCUCCCGGGACGGCCGCGUUGUGCGUUGGUGGCGCGUGGUGCUAGCCAUGGAAGUGGAUCAAGUGAACGCGCUGUGCGAGCAGCUGGUGAAAGCGGUGACGGUCAUGAUGGACCCCAGCUCCACCCAGCGCUACCGGCUGGAAGCCCUCAAGUUUUGUGAAGAGUUUAAAGAAAAGUGUCCAAUCUGUGUCCCUUGUGGCCUGAGGCUGGCUGAGAAAACGCAGAUUGCGAUCGUCAGGCAUUUUGGACUUCAGAUCUUGGAACAUGUUGUCAAGUUCCGGUGGAACAGCAUGUCUCGAUUGGAGAAGUUCUAUCUGAAGAACAGUGUCAUGGAGCUGAUUGCAAAUGGAACAUUAAGCAUUUUGGAAGAGGAAAACCAUAUUAAAGAUGUCCUAUCUCGAAUUGUUGUAGAGAUGAUCAAGCGAGAGUGGCCACAGCACUGGCCUGACAUGCUAGUAGAAUUGGAUACACUUUCCAAACAAGGGGAAACACAGACCGAAUUGGUGAUGUUCAUCCUUUUGCGGCUGGCAGAGGACGUCGUGACCUUUCAGACACUUCCCCCUCAGAGAAGACGGGAUAUCCAGCAAACACUAACCCAGAACAUGGGAAGGAUCUUCAGUUUUCUACUUAACACACUUCAAGAAAAUUUAAACAAGUACCGACAAGUGAAGACAGAUACUUCCCAAGAGUCUAAGGCUCAAGCAAACUAUCGAGUAGGGGUUGCAGCACUGAACACUCUUGCAGGCUACAUUGACUGGGUAUCCAUGAAUCAUAUUACUGCUGAAAACUGUAAACUCCUGGAGAUGUUGUGUCUGCUUCUGAAUGAACAGGAACUUCAGUUGGGAGCAGCUGAGUGUCUCCUCAUUGCAGUCAGCAGGAAAGGUAAAUUAGAAGACCGGAAACCCUUGAUGGUCUUAUUUGGAGAUGUCGCCAUGCAUUAUAUCCUCUCUGCUGCACAAACUGCUGACGGAGGAGGCUUGGUAGAAAAACACUAUGUCUUCUUGAAGCGACUCUGUCAGGUCUUGUGUGCGCUGGGCAAUCAGCUGUGUGCUUUACUGGAAUGGGAGACUACUGUUACUUCCCGAGCCCAGCAGGGAGAGGUGAUGAGAUUGGCAUGCCGUUUGGAUCCCAAGACAAGUUUCCAGAUGGCUGGAGAGUGGCUGAAAUAUCAACUUUCAACCUCUGUUGAUACUGGAUCCAUGAAUUGUUGUUCUACAGCUGGAACUGGAGAAGGCAGCCUCUGCUCUAUCUUCUCACCUUCAUUUGUGCAAUGGGAAGCCAUGACUUUUUUUUUGGAAUGUGUAAUCAGCCAGAUGUUUCGAACACUAGAUAAAGAAGAAAUUCCCGUUACUGACGGGAUAGAGCUGUUGCAGAUGGUCCUGAACUUUGACACCAAGGAUCCCCUCAUCCUGUCCUGUGUCCUCACUAACGUCUCAGCCCUCUUUCCAUUUGUCACCUACAGGCCAGAGUUCCUGCCCCAGGUCUUCUCAAAGCUGUUUUCAUCUGUCACCUUUGAAACUGUUGAAGAAAGUAAGCCCCCAAGAACUCGGGCAGUGAGAAACGUGAGGAGGCACGCAUGCUCGUCCAUCAUCAAGAUGUGUCGGGACUACCCCCAGCUAGUACUGCCCAAUUUUGACAUGCUGUAUAACCAUGUGAAGCAACUCCUCUCCAACGAGCUCCUCCUGACACAAAUGGAGAAGUGUGCCCUCAUGGAAGCCCUUGUGCUCAUCAGCAACCAGUUCAAGAACUAUGAGCGGCAGAAGGUGUUCUUAGAGGAGCUCAUGGCGCCCGUGGCCAGUAUCUGGCUUUCUGAAGACAUGCACAGAGUAUUGUCAGAUGUUGAUGCUUUUAUCACUUUCGUGGGUGCAGAUCGGAAGAACUGUGACUCAGAUGUGGAGGAUCCCUGUGGCCUGAACCGGGCACGGAUGAGGUUUUGUGUGUACAGCAUCCUGGGAGUUAUAAAGCGAACGUGCUGGCCCACUGACCUAGAAGAGGCCAAAGCUGGGGGAUUUGUGGUGGGCUAUACACCCAGUGGAACGCCAAUCUUCCGUAACCCCUGUACCGAGCAGAUCCUGAAACUGCUUGAUAAUUUGCUUGCCCUUAUAAGAACACACAAUACUUUAUAUGCACCAGAAAUGCUAGCCAAAAUGGCAGAACCUUUCACUAAGGCCCUGGAUAUGUUUGAAGCGGAAAAAUCAGCUAUAUUAGGAUUACCUCAGCCUCUUUUGGAACUCAAUGACUCUGUUGUCUACAACACUGUCUUGGAAAGAAUGCAGCGUUUCUUCUGUACCCUCUAUGAAAACUGUUUCCAUAUCCUAGGGAAGGCAGGUCCUUCCAUGCAGCAAGACUUCUACACGGUAGAGGAUCUUGCUACCCAGCUCCUCAGCUCAGCUUUUGUCAACUUGAACAAUAUUCCUGAUUACCGGCUCCGACCCAUGCUUCAUAUCCUUUUAAAACCUCUGGUGCUCUUCUGUCCUCCAGAGCAUUAUGAAGCCCUGGUGUCUCCCAUCCUCGGACCUCUUUUCACCUACCUCCACAUGAGGCUUUCUCAGAAAUGGCAAGUCAUCAACCAGAGGAGCUUGCUAUGUGGAGAAGAUGAGGCUGCAGAUGAAAACCCAGAGUCUCAAGAGAUGCUAGAGGAGCAGUUGGUGAGGAUGUUAACCCGAGAGGUCAUGGAUCUAAUCACGGUUUGCUGUGUUUCCAAGAAAGGUGCUGAGCACAGUACUGCGCCCCCUGCAGAUGGAGAUGAUGAAGAGAUGAUGGCCACUGAAGUAACCCCCUCAGCCAUGGCAGAGCUCACGGACCUGGGAAAAUGCCUGAUGAAGCAUGAGGAUGUUUGUACAGCACUGUUAAUUACAGCCUUCAACUCCCUGGCCUGGAAGGAUACACUCUCCUGCCAGAGGACGACCACACAGCUCUGCUGGCCUCUCCUCAAACAAGUGCUGUCAGGGACAUUGCUCGCAGAUGCUGUUACGUGGCUUUUCACCAGUGUGCUAAAGGGCUUACAGACACAUGGGCAACACGACGGGUGCAUGGCUUCCCUCGUCCACCUGGCAUUCCAGAUCUAUGAGGCGCUGCGCCCCAGGUAUUUGGAGAUAAGAGCUGUGAUGGAGCAGAUCCCUGAAAUACAGAAGGACUCUCUGGACCAGUUUGAUUGCAAGCUUUUGAAUCCUUCCUUGCAGAAAGUGGCUGACAAGCGCCGAAAGGACCAAUUCAAACGCCUCAUUGCUGGCUGCAUUGGGAAGCCCUUGGGAGAGCAGUUCCGAAAAGAAGUUCACAUAAAGAACCUCCCAUCACUUUUCAAAAAAACAAAGCCAAUGUUGGAGACAGAUGUGCUGGAAAAUGAUGAGGGUGUCCUUGCCACCAUCUUUGAACCGUGA